GCUUAUUUCUAGCGAUCACUAUCUUGACUUGCACCAUGACCGCCGCGUUUGCACAGGAUAUCCAGAGCACCGAAGGUGCAACGCCUGAGACUGCACCGGGAACUUCCCAGACGUCAGCGGUCGUCAGAGUAGCCGCGAAGAGCAAGGACGAGCCCGACUCGGACGAGGAGCCAGCAGAGGAGGAGACAGAGGCCAUCAACGAUGAGGAGUUAGAUCUGCUGGAGGACUUUCCCGACGAGACAUACGAACUCGAGCUCAUCCAUUCCCGCAUCGCCAACCUCGCCCCCCUGCGCCUCCCACGAUUCGGGCCGUACCUGCAGAAGCUAUGCCUGCGGCAGAACCAGAUCGCGCACCUCGAACCCGACAUCUUCCACCACCUCACGAACUUGGACGAGCUAGACUUCUACGACAACAAGAUCAAGCACGUCGGCCGGGCGCUCGAUAAGUUGGACAAGCUGACAGUGCUUGACCUCUCCUUCAACAACAUCCGCACCAUCCCCGACGCGCUGCAGACCCUCCCUUCCCUCAAGACCGUGUACUUCGUACAGAACCGCAUCUCCAAGAUCUCCGGCUUGGAGAACCUCACUAAUUUGACGAGCAUCGAGCUCGGGGGGAAUAAGAUUCGCAAAAUCGAGAACCUCGACGCCCUGGUGAACCUCGAGGAGCUAUGGCUCGGGAAGAACAAGAUCUCGCGGCUGGAGAACCUCGGCAGUCUGAAGAAGCUGCGCAUCCUCUCCAUUCAGUCGAACAGGAUCACAAAGCUGGAAGGCCUGGAGGAGCUAGAGAGUCUCGAGGAGCUCUACAUCAGCCACAACGGUAUACAGAAAAUAGAGGGGUUAGAGAAGAAUACUAAGCUCACGACCCUCGACAUCGGCAACAACUUCAUCAAAGACCUAGAGAAUGUAUCGCAUCUGACGUCGCUCGAGGAGCUUUGGAUGAGCAACAACGAAAUUCCCGACCUACGCGGGCUCGAACCGCAGCUUAAGCACAUCAAGACGCUCACGACGCUCUACCUCGAGGGGAACCCGUGCCAGAAGACGGACAUGGCGAACUACAGGCGGAAGAUCCAGCUCGCGCUGCCCCAACUCAAGCAGAUCGAUGCGACGUUCACGAGGGCGGGGGCGUUGCCGUGAACGCUCGAUGCAUAACUUGCGACUAUGGACUUUGUAAUGAUCAUGCUUGUCAUCUCAUAUAGGCGUGUCACCUCAAAGGCUCGACGUUCCUUAGCAAAGUCGCGGACUCGACACGUGCUCCGUAUCAUCUCCAUUUGGACGUGGGAGUGUCAGGGUUUGAUUCCUC